UGGCCGGUAGCGUGCAUUUUUCGAUAUUGUUUGACGUGUUCGUUUUCCCGUUUUUGGCAAAAAAGCAGUGAGCAAUUUGAAUGGGUGCAGCAAAUUCGUGAUCUGUUUGUUCUCUGAAGUGAUCUAAAGGAAAACAAAACGCAGGAGGGUGAUCGCAACAAUAUGGCGAGCCCCUCGCCACAGUCCUCGCCCAUGCCACCCCCACAGGCCCCGAGUCCUAUGGGGCCGCCUCAACAGGCACCAUCGCCUUCAAAUCCGCAAGGAAGUCCAAUGGGACCUCCUCAGCAUCAUCCUCAUAGUCCAACCCAAGGUUAUCAACCGCCUCCUCCACCUCCUGGAGGGCCUCAACAACAGCAGCAACAACAAUCGGGACCACAACCACAAAACUAUCCACAACAUCCUCAAAUGCCUCCAAAUAUGGGGCCUCAGGGUCAAGGAGGACCUGGUCCUGGACCUGGACCACAACAGGGCCCUGGUGGACUAAUGGGACCGGGACAAAUGGGUCCUGGCUGUCAAAUGAAUUCACAAAUGGGACCUGGGGGGCCUCAGAAUGCUCAGAUGGGUCAGCAAGGACCAGGAUCUCAACAAGGACCAAUGGGUCCAGGGCAAAUGGGCCCUAAUGGUCCCCAGGGUGGUCAUCAUAUGGUACAAGGAGGUCCUGGACAAAGUGGACCCGGACAAAUGGGCCCUGGUGGCCCACCAGGUCAUCAAUUUUCUGGAGGAAUGGGUCCAGGAUCACAACAAGGACCAAUGGGUCCAGGAUCACAACAAGGACCAAUGGGUCCCGGGUCACAACAAGGACCAAUGGGUCCAGGUUCACAACAAGGUCCAAUGGGUCCAGGUUCACAACAAGGUCCAAUGGGACCAGGAUCACAGCAAGGUCCAAUGGGUCCUGGUUCACAACAAGGUCCAAUGGGUCCAGGUUCACAACAAGGUCCAAUGGGUCCAGGUUCACAACAAGGUCCAAUGGGACCAGGAUCACAACAAGGUCCAAUGGGACCAGGAUCACAGCAAGGUCCAAUGGGUCCAGGGCAAAUGGGACACAGUGGUCCACAUAUGGUACAAGGAGGUCCUGGUCAAAUGGGAUCUGGCAGUCAGAGCGGACCUGGACAAAUGGGGCCAGGUGGUCCUCCGGGCCACCAAUUUGGAAAUUUAGGCCCAGGAUCCCAGCAAGGACCAAUGGGUCCAGGUCAGAUGGGGCCUAAUGGACCGCAAGGAGGACAUCACAUGGGAGGUCCAGGACAAAUGGGAUCAGGAGGACAGAGUGGACCGGGACAAAUGGGUCCUGGUGCUCCUCCUGGUGGUAUGGGGCCAGGAUCACAACAAGUACCAAUGGGUCCUGCACAAAUGGGACCUAACGGACCUCAAGGUGGGCAUCACAUGGGCGGCCCAGGACAAAUGGGAUCAGGAGGCCAAAGUGGCCCAGGACAAAUGGGUCCUGGUGGCCCACCAGGAGGUUAUCAAUUUUCCUCCUCAGGCGGUCUAGGCCCAGGAUCUCAACAAGGGCCAAUGGGUCCGGGUCAGAUGGGUCCUAACGGACCACAAGGUGGACAUCACAUGGGCGGUCCUGGACAAAUGGGGUCUGGAAAUCAAGGAGGUCCUGGACAAAUGGGCCCUGGUGCUCCACCAGGUCAUCAAAUGUCCUUCCCAGGAAGUUUAGGUCCAGCCUCCCAGCAAGGUCCGAUGGGCCCUAAUGGACCUCAAGGUAUGCCGCACAUGAUCCAAGGAGGCCCAGGACAAAUGGGAUCUGCUAAUCAAAGUGGACCGGGCCAAAUGGGUCCUGGUGCACCACCAGGAGGUCCAAAUCAAAUGCCACCACAAAUGGGUCCGGGAGGAGGUGGACCAGUAAUUCAGCAAGGAGCUCCAGGUCAAAUGGGACCAGGUGCACCAACUCAAGGUCCAAUGGGACCUGGAGGUGCUGGACCAAUAGGACCUGGCGGUCCCAGUCCCAUAACUCAAAUGAGCCAGGCAGCCCCUGGUCAAAUUCCCGGAGGGCCUCCAGGUCCCCCUGGACCUCCUGGAUCUGGUCAAGAAAAUUUGAACGCUUUACAAAAAGCCAUAGAUUCAAUGGAAGAAAAGGGACUCCAGGAAGAUCCUCGUUAUUCCCAACUGCUUGCUUUGAGGGCACGCCAAGGAAGCACAAUGGGAGAAAAGCAAACUUUUAGUUCCCAGCAGCUGCAGCAACUUCGUAUGCAGAUAAUGGCUUAUCGAUUACUGGCUCGAAAUCAGCCGUUGUCACAGCAAUUGGCACUCGCUCUUCAAGGUGGAGGUCCUCCUCCAGGUAUAGCUCAAAGGUCAAUGGAUCCAUCUCAGGGUCCUGCAACUGGUGCACAGGCACCUGGUGCCAAUAUCAUGGGACCCACAGGUGCUCCGAGACCUGGAUCUCAAACACCCCAACAGCAGCAGCAACAGCAGCAACCUCAACCGGGAGCUAAGACCAAUAGAGUAACCAGUCUGGCAAAACCUGCUGGGCUUGAUCCCCUUUUAAUUCUCCAGGAACGAGAAAACAGAGUCGCUGCGCGAAUUGCUCUCAGAAUGGAACAACUCAGCAAUUUGCCUACUAAUAUGCCAGAAGACCUUCGAGUUCAGGCUCAAAUCGAAUUGAGAAUGUUGCGCGUUUUGAAUUUCCAACGGCAACUUAGAUCUGAGAUCAUCGCCUGCACUCGUAAAGACACGACCUUAGAAACAGCUGUGAACGUAAAGGCGUAUAAGCGAACCAAAAGACAAGGAUUACGUGAAGCCAGAGCCACUGAGAAAUUGGAGAAACAGCAGAAACUCGAGGCAGAACGUAAACGCAGACAGAAACAUCAAGAAUUUCUCACUUCCGUUCUGCAACAUGGCAAAGACUUCAAAGAGUUCCAUCGUAAUAAUCUCGCCAAGAUGGGACGUCUUAAUAAAGCAGUUCUUAAUUACCAUGCAAAUGCAGAAAGGGAACAGAAGAAAGAACAGGAGAGAAUUGAGAAAGAACGUAUGCGUCGUCUUAUGGCCGAGGAUGAAGAAGGAUAUAGAAAGCUUAUCGAUCAAAAGAAAGACAAGCGUCUGGCGUUCCUUCUUUCUCAGACUGACGAAUACAUUUGUAAUCUCACGGAGAUGGUGAAACAACACAAAAUUGAACAGAGGAGAAAGCAAGUUGAAGAACAAAGACGUAAGAAAGUGAUGAAGAAAAAGAAAAAAGACGACGAACAAGGAGAAGAAACGAAUCCAGAAGACCCUCGUGUAUCAGUUAUCGAGAUUGCUACGGGCCGCACAUUAGUUGGAGAAGAUGCACCCAGGGCGAGUCAACUUGCCGAGUUCAUGGAAUCACAUCCUGGAUGGGAAGUGAUCGAACCUGAUUCUGAAGAAGAAAGUGAAGAGGAGGACGAAGAAGGUGAAAGAGCUAAAGAGAAGCAUGCGGCCGAGGAAGAGGAGAAGGCAAGCAAGACGGUACACAAGGCGAAGGUUGAAGAUGAUGAGUAUAAGACCGAAGAGCAGACUUACUACAGUAUUGCGCACACUGUUCAUGAAAGUGUUACUGAGCAAGCUUCCAUUUUGGUCAACGGAAACUUGAAAGAAUACCAAGUCAAGGGUUUGGAGUGGCUGGUCUCGCUUUUCAACAACAAUCUGAAUGGUAUUCUUGCUGAUGAGAUGGGUCUUGGUAAAACCAUUCAGACGAUUGCUCUUGUCACUUAUUUGAUGGAAAAGAAGAAAGUAAAUGGGCCCUUCUUAAUCAUCGUUCCUCUAUCGACACUUUCUAAUUGGGUUCUGGAAUUCGAGAAGUGGGCACCAAGUGUUGUCGUCGUCUCUUACAAGGGAUCACCGGCUGGCAGAAGAACAAUUCAGUCUCAGAUGAGAGCCACAAAGUUCAACGUGCUUCUUACUACCUACGAAUACGUCAUCAAGGAUAAAGGUGUUCUGGCAAAACUCCAAUGGAAGUACAUGAUCAUUGAUGAGGGUCACAGAAUGAAGAAUCAUCACUGCAAGCUUACACAAGUUCUCAACACGCAUUACCUUGCACCUCAUCGUCUUCUUCUGACUGGUACACCAUUGCAGAACAAACUUCCAGAACUUUGGGCACUGCUCAAUUUCUUGCUUCCGUCGAUCUUCAAGUCCUGCAGUACUUUCGAGCAGUGGUUCAAUGCUCCAUUCGCUACUACUGGUGAAAAGGUCGAAUUGAACGAGGAAGAAACGAUUUUGAUCAUUCGUCGUUUGCACAAAGUAUUGCGACCUUUCCUACUGAGACGUUUGAAAAAGGAAGUAGAAUCCCAGCUGCCUGACAAGGUAGAAUACAUCAUUAAAUGCGACAUGUCCGGACUGCAGAAGGUUCUCUACAAACACAUGCAGAGUAAGGGCGUGUUGCUGACUGAUGGUUCUGAAAAGGGCAAGCAGGGUAAGGGAGGAGCGAAAGCUUUGAUGAACACCAUCGUCCAGCUCCGUAAGCUGUGCAAUCAUCCCUUCAUGUUCCAAGCAAUCGAAGAAAAGUAUUGUGAGCAUGUUGGCACUCAAGGUGGCAUUAUUGCCGGGUAUGUAACGCCUGAUUUGUUCCGAGCGUCUGGUAAAUUUGAAUUGUUAGAUCGGAUUUUGCCCAAAUUGAAAGCAACCAAUCAUAGAGUAUUGCUUUUCUGUCAAAUGACACAACUCAUGACUAUCAUGGAAGAUUAUCUGACCUGGAGGGGAUUCAAGUAUCUGAGGUUAGACGGAACAACCAAGGCGGAAGACAGAGGAGACUUGCUGAAAAAGUUCAACGAUCCGGGUUCGGAUUAUUUCCUCUUCCUGCUGUCUACGAGGGCUGGAGGUCUCGGUCUCAAUCUCCAGGCUGCCGACACAGUCAUCAUCUUCGAUUCUGACUGGAAUCCUCAUCAGGAUUUGCAAGCGCAAGACAGAGCCCACAGAAUUGGACAGAAGAAUGAAGUGCGAGUGCUGCGUUUGAUGACCGUAAACUCAGUCGAAGAAAGAAUAUUGGCUGCUGCUCGCUACAAACUAAACAUGGACGAGAAGGUUAUCCAAGCCGGAAUGUUCGAUCAGAAAUCAACUGGAUCCGAGCGACAGCAAUUCCUACAAAGUAUUUUACAUCAGGACGACGCCGACGACGAGGAAGAGAACGAAGUUCCAGAUGAUGAGACGGUAAAUCAAAUGAUUGCGAGAACAGAAGGCGAGUUUGAGUCCUUCCAGAAAUUAGAUCUUGAACGAAGACGAGAGGAGGCUAAGCUAGGACCUCACAGAAAGUCGCGACUCUUGGAAGAGGCGGAACUUCCGGACUGGCUCGUGAAAGACGAUGACGAGGUGGAGCGAUGGGCCUACGAAGAGGAUGAGGACAGAUUCCUGGGCAGAGGAUCGCGACAGCGAAAGGAAGUCGAUUAUACGUUCAGUCUUACAGAGAAAGAGUGGAUGAAAGCAAUUGAUGAGGAUGGAGCUGAGUUUGAAGAAGAGGAGGAGGACGACAAGAAGAAAAAGAAGACGAGGAAGAGAAGGAAAAAGGGCGAGGAAGAUGACGAGCCUACGCCAAAGAAAAGAAGAGGUGGAAGUGGAAGCGAUUCGAAGGCGAAGCGAAUCAUGAAGAAGAUUGUCGUGGCAAUAGUUAAUCAUACUGAUGAAACCAGUGGUAGGUUGCUCAGUGAACCGUUUAUGAAGCUACCGUCGAGACGAGAACUGCCAGAUUAUUAUGACAUUAUCAAAAAGCCACUUACGAUUAACAAGCUGCUUACAAAGAUUGAAGAGGGCAAGUACUUUGACAUUGACGAUUUGCAAAGGGACUUUAUGCAGUUGUGUAAAAACGCGCAAAUCUACAACGAGGAAAAUUCGUUGAUUCACGAAGAUUCGAUUGCCUUAGAAUCCGUUUUUAUGAAUGUUCGGCAGAAACUAGAGGCUGAAGGAGCGGGAAAUAUGUCCGAAGAUGAAAAAGAUGUUGAUGAAGUGUCGGACGCGGACUCUAGUGUAAAAAUGAAGAUCAAGCUGAAGGGAAAGAAAGGCGAGGGAAGAGGAGGAGGCAGAAGAAAGAAGUCCACCAAGAAAUACAUUUCCGACGACGAUGACGACGGCGAUGAUAAUUAAGCAACAAGUGAUUGUUUUUUUUUAACCGCUAACUAUUAAGCAGCUUCUGCGCGACAAGAAUCUUGUGAUUUUACGUAUGACGGUAACGUUGCGUUUGAAACAAUGGUUAAACGAAUUUUUCUAUAGAGUGAAUUGGAAGUCUCAGUGAAUAUUAAUUUUAAAGAUGUAAUGAUGAGUUUCGGACCUUUGGUGCCCUAAUUGAUUUUUAUUGACUACAUUCGGUUGAUCACGUACAUUUCUGUGGUCGUAUUGUGUACAGUAGAGGAUAGAGUUGAUCUGUUUAAAAUGUCGGUUAUGUAGUUUUGUUAUCUUGAAUCACAAACCGAAUAAUGCCGCUGAUUAUUGUCUGUAUUCCGAUGUAUCAAUUUAUAUUUUUCGAUUGAGACUUUUUACAAUGAUUGUGUGCUUUGAAGUUGAAAUCAGGAUUGAUCAUUGUAUAAAAAUACCCGUAAUUGGACACACGUCGAAAAUUCUGAAUUAAUUCUUCGGCGUUUUUAUUGUAACUGAUUAGAAUUUAAUGUUUCACAAUCAACUACACAGAGAGAAUUAUUUUUUUUGUUGGUAAUAGUCACAAUUAUAGUUCAUUUUCCACUGUAUUAAAAGGUUCAAGAAAUCAAUAUUCAGUGUAUGUAGAAAGAAUUUGCAAAUACGAUUUAAUUUUUAGUUAGUAAAGAUUUAUUUGUCUCUAGUAUAAUGUAUUUUCAUUUAUGGAGACAGUACAUGUGGCUGUCAUAAAAUUGACUAAAUAACUUUUUAAACAAAUUUCCAAAUUUUUUCUGUUAUUUUAGAGAUAGGCUUCAUUUUUUUUCAAGGUACUAGUUUAGCAUUUUUUUUACUACACUUCUCUCUGUGUUUCCACUUUGAAAUCUCAGGCGUAUUUUAUUUUUGAUGCGCCUUUGAGAACAGUCUUAAGACUUUCUAGUGUAUGGAUCAGAUUAAUCUUUUUGGUUUAAUCUGGUAAUUGAUAUGAAAGGAGACAUGUAUCAGUGUAGUUUGUCUGAUAUUUAACAUAAUUAUUUCCGUUGUUUACGCUAAGGGAAUAAACAAAGUGGUCGGAAAAUA